AUGCGUCUUCCCUACGCCCCCAAUACUCCCCCAACAGAAGGCGACAACACCGCCGAAACUGCCGAAAUCUACUCGCGCAUCGCCGCGCGUCGCAAUCCUCGCCCUCUCAUCCCCCUCGAUCUGUCCCUGCUACACAGUCCCCCCGUGGCCGAUGGCUGGAACAGCUUUCUGGGCGCUAUUCGCACGCGCACCAUCGUCGACCUAGGCCUCCUCGAACUCGCCGUGUGUCGAGUCGCAGUGUUGAAUGGCGCCGUGUACGAGUGGAAUGCACACGCACCGCUUGCCUUGAAGGGCGGGAUCAAGCCGGCGGAACUCCAGGCGUGUCGCACGUUACCGUGCACCGCGGAGGACAAUGUGGAUGCACUGGAGAGCAGUGUUCUGACGGCGCGGCAGCGGGCUGUGGUGCGGUAUACGGACCAGAUGACUCGGACGAUCCAGGUUGAGGAUGCGGUGUUUGCGCAGCUGCAGACGGUGGGAUUCAAUGAUCGGGAGAUUGUCGAGUUGACGACGGGGAUUGCGGGGUACAAUUGUGUUAGUCGGUUCUUGGUCGCUUUGGAUGUUGGCGAGAAUAAUGAUCGGGAAAUGAAGAGUGUGGAGGAAUUGGUCGCUGCUCUGUGA